AUGGCGGCGGGGCGCGGGGCGCUGAUCGCGCUGGAGGGGAUGGAUCGCGCCGGGAAGAGCACGCAGGGACGGCGGCUGGUGCAGGCGCUGCGGGCCGCGGGGCACCGCGCCGACCUCCUCCGCUUCCCGGAGAGAACCACGGAGAUCGGGCAGCUGAUCAGCUCGUACCUGCUGAAGGAGAAGAACCUGGAGGAUCACACCAUCCACCUGCUCUUCUCAGCCAACCGCUGGGAGCACGUACCAUUGAUGAAAGAGAAGCUCAAUCAAGGGGUCACGCUUGUGGUUGAUAGAUACGCCUUUUCUGGAGUGGCCUUCACAAGUGCCAAAGAGAACUUCAGCCUGGACUGGUGCAAACAGCCUGACAUCGGCCUCCCAAAGCCAGACCUGAUUCUGUUCCUCCAGUUAAGCCCAGAAGAAGCAGCAAAACGAGGGGACUUUGGAAAUGAACGUUAUGAGGACAGCUCCUUCCAAGAGAGAGUUCUGGAGUCCUUCUGCCAUCUAAUGAAGGACGGGACAUUGAACUGGAAGACACUGGAUGCUUCAAAGAACAUAGAAGACUUGCACAGCGAAAUCAAGUCCAUUGCAGAGAAAACCAUACAGGAGGUUCAGAACAAAGCUUUGGGAGAACUCUGGAAAUAAAACCAUGCAGGUUGUGCUUUUAGACCCAAGGACAAACUCACCUCUUGUCCCUUCCUAGCUGGGAUGACUCCCUGCAUCACCAUCCAGUAAGCACGGAUCCUGCUGGCUCCAGCAUGGUCCUGAUGGUCCCAUCCUGCCUUCUGUAUUUUAUAAAUGAUCAGGGAACUAAUCCCUGGUAGAAUCCUGCCUGCCUGGAGCAGGAGCUCCAGUAGUACAGCUGGGCCCUGGGCAACAGCCUCCCCUGUGUCAGGGAACUGCCACGGUUCUGCUCCUUCUGCCUCUAGUAAAUGUGUCCCCUGUGCUGGAACCAGCUGGUAGAGGACUCACUAAUAAAAUAUUGUUU